CUGUCCUGGGCUGGAGGCGGCGGAAUGGAGACCAGGACCGAGGACGUGGGUCUGACCCGCGUCCCGACGCUGACCUCCUCCUGGGAUGCAGAGUGCGGGGCCCUGACCCAGAGCCUUCUUCUCGCCCGGACUGGUGUCGGCGCCCAAGACGUGGACUGGGAGGAGCUGCUGGCGCCGCCUGCUCCGGGCCAGGAUCUGGUGAGUCUGAAGAACAGCCUGAGCUCCCGAAGUGAACACCCCUGCUUCCUUUACCUGAGGUGUGGCCCUAAUGGAGGUGAAGAAAUCCUUUCUGUUGGCAUUCUAAGUUCAGCAAGAAAUAUGGAAGUAUACUUAGGGGAGGAGUACUGUGGAACCAGCAGAGGCAAGAAUGUCUGCACUGCCCUGGAUAACAGUGAACAUGAAAAGAUUAUUUUGUACAAAAAGUAUCUAAAAUUGGAAUCUUCCACACAUACUUGUAAAAUAAAGUUGCUGUCCUUUGGUGAAAAGCAGUGUGUGUUCAUCAGUAAAGUUGUGGUACACAUGAGACCAGUCUCAGCAGAUUCUUCACCCAGCUUUCCUGCUCUAGGAUCAAGGUUAGAUCUUGACAACAUCCAAACCAUAAUGGAGUCCAUGGGUUCAAAGUUAUCACCAGGAGCUCAGCAAUUGAUGAAUAUGGUUAGGUUUCAGCAGCAGAGUUGUAUUCCUAUUGGAGAGCAGCUUCAGUCGGUUUUGGGAACUACUGGAUACAGGCAUAUGAUUGCACUGCAGUCAUCGUCUGCUGCGGGAGCCUUAGACAAGUCGUCCUCCACACCUUUUCCUUUCAGAACUGGAUUGACAUCUGCAAACAUGACAGAAAGCUUAAAGGCUUUCAUUGAUAAAAGCACACAGCCACCUUGUGACGGAAAUACUAUAAACCAUGAUGAGUGUAAAAUCAUGCCACAAAACCAUUCCCUUCUUGAAAAUGAUCUUAAAAAUGCAGUAUCUUCUUUCUUACCAAAGAAAGCAAGUGACAACUCAAAUAUGCCCAACUCUGAGUUGCUGCCCUUUCUCCAGAAUUUAUGCAGUCAAGUUAACCAUCUCCGCAUGGGACAUAGCACCAAGUGGCCAGAAAACAUCUCCAAGUCUGGUGAAGGCAUUGUUGGUAUCACAAUGGAAGAACAGCCUAUUUGUUCCUACUUGGAAAAGAUUCUUUCUAGAAAUAUGGAACUCAUGGAAAAGAAGCUUAUGGACUAUAUUGAUCAGAGGAUAUAUAAACUCCAGGAGCACAUUGAUGAUAAGAUUGCUUUGUUAAUGGACUUGCUGCAAAAUCCCAACUCCUCACCCAAUGGGAUGCCUCUAAGACAUUAUGACUCUGGAGAAAGACUUUCCAAUGGAGAAAGAUAAGCUCUCAACAUUUACAGUGCAAUGCAGAUAUUUAUUACAUAUUUAUUACAAAGCCAAAACCCAAAAAUGUCUAUGAAAAGAAAGUAUUUAAUAUCCUUUGAAGGAUCAUUGUCUUACAUAAAGUGACCUCAGUGUUCAUUUUUACUGCCCUUGUUUUUGUGAAUCCAGUACUGUACACUAUGAGUUAACA